AUGGAUGUUCUUUCAGAAGCUGAAGCCACUCCCUGGAAAAAAACCAGCCUUAUGGAUUCUUCAAACACUGCCAACAUCUCAGAGAAGGACACCAAUCUACAGGAAGAGGAAGGAAAUGAGCAGCAGCACCCGAAAGAGAGAAGGUUCUGUUCAGUAAGAUAUGGCUUGGCCGUUAUCAUACAUGGCACCAAUCUAUUAACAGCCUCACAGUCUUUCAGUCUGAGCAUUGCCAUCAUUGCCAUGGUGAACAACACAGGCCAGUCAAACCAGUCCAAUCUUUAUGCUGCUACAAAUGCACAGGUUCCGGUAUAUGACUGGAGCCCAGAGGCCCAGGGCAUCCUGCUCAGCUCCUCCAUCUACGGCACCCUGAUUUCCAUAAUCCCAGGGGGAUAUUUGGCUGGAGUUUUUAGUGGAAAGAAGAUAGCUGGGUUUUCCUUCCUUAUCUCUUCAGUUCUCAGCCUCUUGACACCACUAGCAGCAGACCAUGGACUACCCUACCUGAUACUCACAAGGAUAGUACAAGGCCUAGUCCAGGGGAUGACCAUUUCUCCUCUACAGUCAUUCUGGAGAAAAUGGGCUCCUCCCCUGGAACGGACUCAACUGAGUGUCAUCGCUUAUUCUGGUAUAACAUCGGGAAAUUUCAUUAUCCUAUUUGUGGGUGGAUUCCUCUGUCAGUCCCUGGGCUGGCCAAGUAUCUUUUACAUAUGUGGUAAGUGGCUUCAUCUCAACUCCAACCAUUUCUACUUUUCAGGGUAUAAACUCCUGGAUAUCUGUGCUCCUUAUGACACCCAGUUUAAUCGAAUAAGCGAGUCAAGGCCCCCACAAAGGGCACCCCUCACCUGGAAGGCUGGGGGUUGCCGGACGCCUCCAGGCUUGUCCCAAACACGGCCCUCAGAGACCCCAGAGACCCCACCGCCCCCACAUCUCAGUGCCUUCCCCACAGAGCUCUAG